UGCGAGUUAGCGUUCAGUCUUUAGCGUUUCCUCGCGCUUCCACUAGUGCGUCUUUGCUGUAGUUCAGUGCGGAGAAAAAUUGGCCGAACUCGAAGUUGAUUUUAGUGUUUUACACAGAUAAGUUCCAGUGUGAUCAUCUUUUCAGCAACACAACACAACGAAAAUGGCAGAAAGUAAGGGUGCCUUGAUCGCGAAAACCGUGCAAAAACAUGCAGGCAGAGCAAAGGAGAAGUUUCUUCAAAAUCUGGGCAAGGUAGAUAGAACUGCUGACGAUAUAUUUGACGAGCAUCUACAAAAUUUUCUAAGACAACAGAAUGCUGCUAACAGACUCCAGAAGGAAUUCAAUAAUUACAUCAGGUGUGUCAGAGCGGUGCAAGCAGCCUCAAAAACCUUGAUGGAUUCGUUAAAUGAGAUUUAUGAGAGUCAGUGGACCGGCCAUGAUCUACUGUACGUGCAAGCUCAAAAUCUAGACAUGCUGUGGCAAGACUUCACUCAUAAGCUUGCGGAUCAAGUUCUCGUGCCUCUCAACACAUAUCAAAGUCAAUUUCCAGAGAUGAGGAAAAAGAUAGACAAGCGUGGACGGAAGCUUGUAGAUUAUGAUAGCCAGAGACAUAACUUCCAAGCACUGCAAUGUAAUCCAAGGAAACGAGACGAGCUUAAAGUUACUCGAGGAAAGGAAUUAUUGGAGGAAGCAAAACGUACAUAUGAACAGUUAAAUUCGGAACUUCAUGAUGAACUGCCUGCCUUAUAUGAUUCUCGUGUUCUUUUCCUCGUUACCAAUUUGCAAACUCUAUUUGCUGCCGAACAAGUGUUUCAUACCGAGAGUGCUAAGGUGUAUUCCGAAUUGGAAGCAAUUGUUGAUAAAUUGGCUAACGAAAGUCAGAGAGGAUCGUACACACUGAAGAAAAAUACAGAACCACAAUCUCCAAAAUCGCCCAAUGCCAAUUCUUCUUUAAUAAUCAACACACAGCCAGCUCAGAACAAUAUUUCUCCAGCUGUGGACGACUCAGCUCCAGCACCAAGAAACACCUCACCGACUACCCAAUUAAAUGGCAAUGCUAACAGCAAUGCUAACAGCAAUGCUAACAGCAAUGCUAACAGCAAUGCCAACAGCAAUGCCAACAGCAAUGCCAAUAGCAAUGAUAAUUCUCUGAAUAAUCAGGAUGCAUCACCACAAAGCACAACCGCCGUCUCCAAUCGAGUCAAAGUGCUGUAUGAUAUACCAUUUGAGGUGGAAUAUGAAAAUGGUACCAAUUUCUCUGUAGGGGCAACAACUGACAACUUACCGCCAGGCGUUUUAUAUAGAGUCAAGGCUACUUACAAGUACAGACGCGAUGAUGCGGACGAAUUGUCGUUUGACGUCGGUGAUAUAAUUCGUGUGGUAGAAUAUGACGACCCAGAAGAACAGGAGCAAGGUUGGUUAAUGGGUAUCAAGGAAGGUACGGAUGAGAAGGGAAUGUUCCCAGCGAAUUUUACAAAACCGCUGUGAGAGUUCUACCAAAUCCAACUAUUACACUCCAAUGCUCACUGAAACAGCGUAUUCUUUAAGAAUAGAUUCAAUAUUAAAAGUGAGAAUCACACAGUCAUCUGAGGUAUUGUAUAUGUAGAAAUGAAAAUAAAAAAUACAAUAGGGGACUUUGGGAAGGAAAGAGGGUGUGAUAAGAUAGUUACGCUGGAGGGUACUGUGAAGAAUUAAACACCCUAAAAUGCCUUAACCCAGCCACUGUCUGUGCCAACAUUCAUUGUCUGUAAUAUGGAAUUUAUUCUCUCAUAUCUGAUGUAUGAAUACACAUCAUUAAUAAUUGAAUGAAAUAUUUAAAUAAUAUAAGUAAUUAAAUAAUAUAUUGUAAUACGUCAUGCAAUAUUAUAAUAUAAAAAUCUAUAUAUUAAAUUAAUAUUAUUUUAUGAAAUUGUACAUAGAAUUAUACAAUUUAGGAAUAUUUUAUGGAAUAACUUUGUGGCCACUGAAAUUAUUAUUAAGAAUUAAUAUAAUGGUUAAGAAUCCUCUGUAAUACCUUUUUCUACAGGGGAUUGUUAUCGAAUCUUAAACAUCAAUUGCCAAUCUGCAUUCAUGUAUUAGGAAGUUAUGAUCUUUGCACGUGUUACAAGAAAAAUUAGGACUAGGUUCCCUUAAGAAUGGACAUUAAUGUAGAUAAUAUGUCAAAUUUUUUACCCAAUUGAAUAACUUGAAUACAUUCAUAUAUCAAGCCAAACAUAAUGCAAUGAAAAUCUUGUCAUAUGGAUUUUUAUAUGAAACAAUAUUAACUAUCUAUUACAUGUUUUACUAAUAAUAUAUAUUAGAAAGUUUAGUCUCAAAAUCUGAUAUAGACAUUUUUGUUGAAGGAGAACUGAAUCUUCUGUAUGUAUUUGAAAUACGUGAAGUAUGUGAUUGGUAACAAAGUAUUUUGAAUAAUGGCAAUGAUUAACAAGAUCAGUAUUAGUGCCAUUGUAUCCACUCACGCAACGAAAAAGAAAACUGUAGUAUGCUAAUGGUCCAAAAAUUAAUAAUGCAAAUCAAUACAUGUUAUACAGAUUGGUUGGAAAGAAAUCUUACAACAGACCUUCCAUAACAAAUACAGCGUUACAAACAAUGUACUAAUAUAUAAAGAGUAGUACAAAGAGUCUACCAAUUUCAGCUUCCACUGAGUGUGUCCUUUUAUUUUAUGUAAUUGAUCUGAGACAUGCAGAAUGUAGGAAAGUUGGAUUGUUUAUUUUAUAAAUGAAAAAUUUUAUGGUUGAAAGAUUGA